GUCAAACAGAACUGCAUUGUCAUUGUCAAUGUGUGUCACUACCAAGAAACAGCUUAGUCUCUGUGCUGUUGCUCAUUUUGAAUAACAGAACCAUGACCAAACCGACCAAUAGCUUUUUCCAACCUUGGCCAGAAAGUGGCCAGGGCCUACACACCCAGGAGAGCGGCAAUGCUGGCCUCUCCUCCAACAUGAAGCACGUGUUCAUUGAUCAUUACAUUGAAAGUGCUCUACCUGUAGCAGAAAAGGGCAGCUUUGUGAAACCAAUUCCUAAGGAAGAAAGAGACACAGUAGAUUCCCCGUGCUCACACACACCAGUGUUUGAGUAUGCUGCUGGUCCAAAAACACACUCUGUGUUUGCUGAAGAGCACUUCACAAAACCACCCACCUGUAUUGUGGCACAAAACAUCUACUUUCCACCUCAAGUCAAGUCAGACAACAACCCGGAUGAUGAAGCUGUGAAGAUUUUAACAGGAAAGGCAACCAUUACAGAGGAGCAGCCGGAAGUAGAAGGAAAUGAAAGCUGCACUAAGAUGGAUGCUUGGGAAAUCCCAGAAAAACCCAAAGGUCCACUCCUGGUCAGCAAAAUUAACCAUCGCAAGAAAAGAGUUGCUGGAAUGUCAUGGAAAGAGUUACUUGCGUGUGGGAUUGUAUUCGUACUAUUUGCUGUCUCUGGAGGAUCUCCUGUACCUGACACAGGGGCGCCCUCUUCAACAGAUUGUAAAUGUAGAGACAUUUACCCCAGCGCAGCCAAAUGCUAUACCUGCAAGGACAAUGACGGAUGCAAGACGUUGAAUGCCAUAUAUAAUUCCAGUUAUCCACACUAUCCUAUUUACACAAGACACGUCAAUCAAAUAUUUCCAAUAUGCUCUGAAAUCUCUCCACCCGGUGAUAAAUGUACUGUGUGCUUGAACCAAUCAACCAUCAUCAUCUUCUGCUCAAUGAACAUUGAAGAAAUAGACCUGGUAGAAAGCACUGGAUUCCAUAUUGGCACCUUCCCCUUAAAAUGUGAAAAGCAGCAGACCCCUGGCCCAACCUCACAACUUCCCAAUGUCCCAAAUCCAAAUCUCUCAGAGCCAAAUGUCUCUCGAAAUACAACAGUGAAUAGCCGCACACAUCCUGGAUUGAUUUUUAGCUGUGUGCUCUUUGUGAUCAUGUUGGUAGCGCUUGGGAUUUCCUGUUGCUGCAAAAAAAGAGGUAGGUCUAUAAAAUAUCAAACAAUCUCUAAUCUGAGUACUAUAAUUCCCAAAAUAGAAGAGGUUCAGAGUGGACUAGGAAUAUUUUUCACUCAACGGAUUCACAUUUGACACUCAAAUCAUCUUUUUUCCUUUUCAAAUAGGAUUUCAAGCAGUCAACAGUGAAGAACUCUGAGGAAGGAGGAGGUCUGAAGUGUGUGGAGGCCUUUCUGCUGCUUUAGACUAAACGAUGACUGCAACUCAUGAUCAUUUUUUAUUAUUCAUUCAGCUGUUGAUUCUUUUCUUAAUAAUGGUAUUUGUUAGGUCUUAAAAUGCUUUAAACCUUGUCAUAAAGUAGCUUGUUUUCUUCUUAGAAAUAAAAAAUGUAUUAUCGAUAUAAAUGUCGAUAACUUUUCUGUAUUCUCUACUUCCACCCACUUGUUUAUGAACUGGAUACAGUUCUACUUACUGAUAACAAUGUUUGAAAUAAGAGAGUUUUCUGCGAAAAUGGCCUAAUGCAUAUGUGUAACUGCUCUCUUAAUUAUUAAUUAAAAAUUGCGUUGAACAGCAAA